AUGGUUUUGUGGUUGGUUGGAUUGGGGGGGGGGGUGUGUUUGUGUGGUUGUAUGUUUAUGGUGGGUUUGGGGGGGGUGGGGUGGUUUUGGUGUGGGGGGGGUGGGUUGGGGGUUAUGGUAGUUGUUGAUGGGGGUGUUUGGUGGGGGGGGUUGGGGUGUUUUGGUUGUGUGGGGGGGGUUUUAUGGAUUGGGAUGGGGGGUUGUUGGGGGGGGGUGGGUUUUGGGUGUUGGUUGGGGGGGGGGGGGUGGGUAUGGGAUGUUGGGGGGGGGGGGGGGGAUGGGUUGGUAAGGGUGGUGGGGGGGGGGGGUGGGUUGGGUUUGGUAGGUUAUUGGUGGAUUAUAGGGGUUGGGGGUGGUGUGGUUUGGUUAUUUGGGGGUAAUAGUUUAGGGUUUGGGGGUUGGUGUUGUUAUGUUAAUGUAAGUUUAUUUGUGUGGGGGGGGGUGUUAUGGAAUGGUGAGGGUUUUUGGGGGGGUUGGGGUUGGGUGUUUUUGGUGAAGGGAUGGGUGUUUGGUGGUGGGGUGUGGGUUGGGAAGGGAUGGUUUGUUUUUUGGGUGGUGGGGUGGGGGGUGGAGGGGUUGGGGUGUGGGGUUGGGGGUUGUUUUGGGGUUGGGUUGUGGGGGGUUGGUGAAGUAUGGUGGGAUAUUGGUUUAAUUGGAAUGGUAUGGGUUGGGGUUAUGUUUUUAGGUGUGUUUGGUGUUGGGGGUUGGUUGGGGGUUUGUUUGGGGGGUGGGGGGAUAUUAUGGGGGGGAGGGGGGGUAGGGGGGGGGGGGUGGGGGUUAUGA